AUCCCAAGGAGUUGACUGGCCAUGCGUUCUGGACAUAUCCAGCUUGAGCAGCAACAGCUAGGCUGGCUACCAGAAAAGUGAUGAAAACCUGUUUGAAAAACAAAAUUAGCCCCAUCAAUUCAAACAAAAUGUGCGAAAAAACUUACCUUCAUAUUGUUGUGGAUGAAUGAGCUAAGGAGCAACUGUUUGCCUCAAAGUACUGUUGACUGAGUAUGAUGCGUUCUUUGGCAAUCACCCUUUUUAUAUCCUCAAAAAACGAUUCAAAACUGAAUCGAACUUUUGAUGUGUUUUCAAUUACUUUCACUUUUAAACACUGACUUUGUACCUACCUACAGCAAAGAAGAGUAAAUGAUUGAUUUUGAAGUCUAUCGGUCCAAGUACGUUCUAUCCGUAAUAACAAAAGUUAACCAGUGAAUUGCCAAUUUAAAAAAGUGAUUCCGAUCACCUUUCAUUUGUAUCAAAACUAAAAACCAUUGAGCAAGGAUAUAAAUAGUCAAGUAGCGAGUAGCAAACAUCAUAACAAGUCAACAGUACUUCGAAGCAAACAGUUGUUCCUGAGCUCAGUCAACCAUAACACAAUGAAGGCAUUCGUCGCAUUCCUCGUUGCUACUUUGGCCGUUGCCACUCAAGCCGGAUAUGUCGAGAACUCGUGGCCCGUUAACUCCCUGGGAUGGAACUCCUGGAACAACGGAUGGAACAACGGAUGGAAUGAGUGGAACAACUGGAACACCAAGGGUCUGGUGUCUUAUCCUUAUUCUUCCGUUCAUGGAUCUUGGCCAGCAGUGAACUCCUUCUAUGACAAUGCUUGGGUUAACGGAAACGGAUGGUACGGAGCAAAGCCAACCGUUGUUCAGGCCAAUGUUGCUAAGAUUAACCCAUGGGGACUUCCAUGGGCCGGAUAUGGUUAUGGACAAGGAUACAACAACUAUAUUGCUCAUGGUGCUCCAGUCGUUGCUGCCAAGUAUGUCGCUGCCAAUCCAGGAUCAGUGCAUGUUGCUCCAUUGGUUGGACAUGCCGUCAAUCAGAAGCUGAUUGUCGCCUAACCUAAUGAACAUAGC